AUGGGGCUUGUGGAGGAGGAAGAGAGAAAGUCCUCAGACAUCACGGUGUUUGCAGAGAGCUGUACACUGCACGGGAUCAAUCACAUCUUCCUCCCGGGAGGAGUCACCAUCCGCAGACUGCUCUGGGCUCUCUGUUUCCUCAUGUCCCUGGCUCUGUUCUUGUACCAGGUGGUGGACCGAGUGGAUUACUAUAUCCAGUACCAUCAUGUCACUACCCUCGAUGAGAUGGACAGUUCCAGCAUGGUAUUCCCUGCCGUUACCCUGUGCAAUCAAAACCGUCUGCGGAAAUCCCAGGUCACCGAGAAUGAUGUGUACUGGCUCAGUGGGUUGCUGGGGGUGAAGGAGGCUGACCUACCUGCUUUCCUGGCGACCAUUGGCCGGGACUCAGACAUAACCAGCUUCACCCCCAGCAAUAGCUAUGACAUGAUGGCGCUGUUUGACCGGGCAGGCCACGACCUCACAGAGAUGCUGCUGGACUGUCGCUACCGCAGCGAGGAGUGCCAGGCCAACAAUUUCGUCCAG